AUGCUGAGAGACUUGCUGGAUAGUCAAGACAUCUACAUCAAUGUUUCCUUUGAGCAGUGUGGUAGUGCUCUUUCCAUCGCUGAAGGUGCGGUGGUCAUGGCGCCGUCGUCACUACAGUCGCCGCACUCCUCGCUGCACCCGCCGCCACAACAACAACAUCAACAACAUCAACAGCAUCAGUCAGGUCGGCGAGCAGGGAGGAGCAGCGGCAGCAACACCAGCGGUAGCAGUGGAGGUGGCGGCGGAGGCAGCAGCGGCGGCCACCACACCCACAGCGGUAGCAGCACCAUGAAGGGCGGCAGCACACAGCUAGGGAUGACCUUGAGUGGCAGCAGCAGCAGCCCUGUAGAGCCCAUCAAGCCCCUGCUGGACCUCAGUUCAGGGUCGACCGGAGGGUCGCCCCUUACCAUGCCUCUACACCCAGUGUUUGACGAGGCGGCCCCACGUAACGUGUCCAGCCUUACCAGUAAUGCUGCCUACCUGCACUGUCUGGUGCACAACUUGGGCAACAAGAGUGUGUCGUGGAUCAGGCAGAGAGACCUACACAUCCUGACAGUGGGCCGCUAUACCUACACGACGGAUCAACGCUUCGAGGUGAUCCACUCCCCGGGCUCCCAAGAUUGGAUCCUCAAGAUCAGUUACGCUCAGGUGCGCGACUCCGGUAAUUACGAGUGCCAGCUGUCCACCAAACCCGUGAGGAGCUACGUCGUCCGCCUCAACGUGUUCGGUGAGACUCCAGCAGCAAUGCAGACUAACGGAGGCAAGAGUCUUAUGCUGUGGCGAAUCUCUAGUCAAGGAGGAGGUGUGCUGGUCCAUCCUCUGCUGCUCUGGGCACUGCUGGUGCUCUUGUUGUGGCAGGUGCUGUGUUGGGGCAGCUUGGCCAUCCCUGGAGUGCUGUGUUGGGGUGGCUUAGCUUCCACAGCUGGCCUCCUGAGGGGCGGUGGAACCUGAGGAGAAAGAGAGAAAACGGACUUGCGAAUGACGGAGUUCCCCCUUCUACUUGGACGUCCUUGUAGAGCUGCCAAUGGUGUGUGGUGAUGCGUUGGGAUGUUGACGUUCAAUCUGCUGUCAACCUUGACAGAAAUGUCGAUGGAACUGUUGUCUAGCGUUUGGCUUUGACUUUGUAACUAUUGUAUUACGUUUAAUUUAGCGUUGGCAUUUUUGGAACUAAAACGUAGUCUAACACCAAAUUCAAAUUCUUGACUAAGGUUCAGAGAUUGAGUUUCACUGUGAAGCUUCAUUCAGUGCGAGAGCCUUCAGUCACCGCGAGAACCUUCAGUCACCGCGAGAACCUUCAGUCACCGCGAGAACCUUCAGUCACCGCGAGAACCUUCAGUCAACGCAACGUCAAUUUUUUCUUUGCCAAGCAGCUCGUCUCUAAGGUAGCAUUUUUUACAUGUUUGUCUCUAAGAAUCUUGGUCGCGAAGCAGAAGUCCAACGCCAGAAAACGUCAGAUUUUUUGCCAAAGAAUUAGAACCAGAUUUUGAAUGCGAGACUGUAAUCUUAACGCCAAAAGUCCAGAUUCUUAAUGUAUACGUCCGAAAUCUAGGAGUGAGAAAAGCCGCGGGACAGUGCAGCAUAGACACCUGUACAUACCUGAACAGUUCAUCUACAAUGUGUGUACACCUGAUGAAAAAAUAAAAUUGUACAUAAACAAAAAAUAUAAAACUCGUGUACACGUCAAAAGUGCCUUGUACAUAAGAAGUCUCCCGUGUGAGUGUAGGUUACUAAGUGUACAUAGUGUUGACAUUUAUAUAUAUUUAGAUAAUGCCGUGUAGACGUUUGGUGAACCUCCGUGUACAUACAUUAAAGUGUACACCAUGGGAGUGAUGUGUACGUGAUGUAGGUGCCGUGUACAGUACAUCAAGAGAGAACUGGGUAUACCCUUAAUUAAGAUUUCGUGUACAUCACCAAAUCAAGCUGUGUGCACCAUCAAAUUUAAGUGUACACUAACGAAAGAUAUGUGUGCAUCCCGAGAGGUCCAUGUACGCAUUCGUGUAUGUCAUAGCUUCGAAUAUUCCUUUACACACAAUCAAAAAAGUAUCUUUACGGAUGGGUUUUGUUGUCUCGGUAGGAUUGUCCAAAUCUUACGUUCGUUGUGUCAUAUUGUCUAACACGAAAUUGUAAA